AUGAAAGGAUACAAUAUUGUCGGUGAUGGUACACCAGCAGCACUUCUUCCCAUUCUGACAGGAUAUGGUGAAGCAGAAUUACCGGAAUCAAGACGAGGCCACGUAGGAGCUGAAACUGUCGAUCGAUUUCCUUGGAUUUGGAACCAAUUUAGAGAUAAUGGUUAUGUGACUCAAUGGGCCGAAGAUAUGCAGUACGUCGGCACAUUCCAAUAUCGUCUGAAAGGCUUUCGUGAUCCGCCAGUAGAUCAUUACGGUCGUCCAUUCUAUCUGUUCGCCGAACCCAUGAAAACGUCGAAGCCGCUUUGUUUUGGUUCUAUUACUCGUCUUCAGGCGAUGUUUACUUGA